UUUCUUUAUAUAUUAGGUAUUAUUCCUAUAUCCUCAUAUCGCAUGAGAUAGAAAAUUCUUCUCGGCUGUACUGCCAAAUCAAAUCCCCCACAUUCGCUCACCGCCCGUCGACCGCCCGCGAAUAAUUUUUUUUUGCCUUUGGAGAAAAGAAAAAAAAAAAGUCGAGCGUCUAAGAAGAACAACCCACCACUACCUCUACAACCUCAAGGCAUCUCGAGAGUCGUCCCCUGUUAUCGACUCUGAAUCGGUUGCCCAUCAUGAAGACGACGUGGAAAGAUAUUGCCCCGGUGCCCACGAGCCAGGAAUUCCUGGAUAUCGUCCUUAGUCGCACUCAGAGACAGCUGCCUACGCAGAUCCGCGCCGGUUUCAAGAUCAGCCGUAUUAGAGGAUUCUACACUCGAAAGGUCAAAUACACCCAGGAAACCUUUUGCGAAAAGUUCCAGGCCAUUCUCGAUGGAUUUCCGAGAUUGCAGGAUAUUCACCCUUUUCACAAGGAUUUGAUGAACACUCUUUACGAUGCCGACCAUUUCAGAAUUGCUCUUGGUCAGGUCUCGACGGCCAAGCAUCUCAUUGAAACCGUCUCCCGCGACUAUGUCCGUCUUAUUAAAUAUGCUCAGUCAUUGUUCCAGUGUAAGCAGCUGAAGCGCGCUGGUCUCGGUCGUAUGGCCACCAUCUGCAGACGUCUCAAGGACCCUCUCGUCUACCUUGAGCAGGUCCGUCAACAUUUGGGCCGUCUUCCCGCGAUCGAUCCCAACACUCGUACUCUGUUGAUUUGCGGAUACCCCAAUGUCGGAAAGUCCAGCUUCCUGCGCAGCAUCACCCGUGCCGAUGUUGAUGUGCAGCCUUAUGCUUUCACCACCAAGAGUUUGUUCGUCGGUCACUUUGACUACAAGUACCUGCGAUUCCAGGCCAUUGAUACCCCCGGAAUUCUCGACCACCCUCUGGAAGAGAUGAACACCAUUGAAAUGCAGUCCAUUACUGCCAUUGCCCACUUGCGGUCCGCCAUCAUGUACUUUAUGGACCUAUCGGAGCAGUGCGGUUACUCCGUCCCCGACCAGAUCAAGUUGUUCAACAGUAUCCGACCUUUGUUCGCCAACAAGAUCGUGUUUCUUGUUGUGAACAAGAUUGAUGUGCGUCGUCCCGAGGACUUGGAGCCCGAAUACCAGCAGGAGCUUGAGGCCAUCCUGAAGUCGGGCGAUGUGGAGAUGUUGCAGCUGUCCUGCACCACCACUGAGGGUGUGACAGGUGUGAAGAACGCAGCCUGCGACAAGCUCCUGGCCGAGCGUGUGGCUCAGAAGCUCAAGUCCGGAUCCAGCAAUGCCGGUACUCCUGGUGGACGUCUGGGCGAUGUUCUUGCCCGUAUCCACGUUGCACAGCCCAUGGGCGGUGUGCGCGAGGCCUUUAUCCCUGAUGCUGUGAAGGGACUGACGAAAUACGACAAGAACGACCCCAACCGGAGGAUGUUGGAGCGGGACAUCGAGGAGGAGAACGGUGGAGCUGGUGUCUACAACAUCGACCUCAAGAAGAACUACGAUCUGGCCGACGACGAGUGGAAGCACGACAAGAUCCCCGAAGUGUGGAACGGAAAGAACAUUUACGAUUUUGUGGACCCGGAUAUCGAGUCCAAGCUGGCCACUCUGGAAGAAGAGGAGGAGAAGCUCCAGGACGAUGGAUACUACGACUCGGACGACAGUGUGGAGGAUGCCGAAGACGCCGACACCCGUAUGAAGGCGGACCUGAUCCGCGAGAAGCGGGCUUUGAUGCGCAACGAAGCCAAGAUGCGCAAGUCGCUCAAGAACCGCGCGCAGAUUCCUCGCAGCGCCAAGGCCAAGAAGCUGUCCCAGAUGGAGGAUGCUCUGCACGAGGCUGGCUACGACGUCGAUGCUGCCUCGGCCCGUGCUCGCUCGCAGAGCCAGGCCCGUGGCCGUCCAACAACCCGCGAUGUCGACAUGGACGAUGCCAUGGACGUGGACCCAUCAGACCCUCGCCAGGCUAUUGCCAAGGCCAAGGGACGUGCACGCAGCCAGGCUGCUACCGAUCGUCGCAACGACGGUGUGACAGACGCAGCGGCCCGCGACAAGGCGGAGCGCCUGGCCAAGCUGGGACAGAAGAAGAUGAACCGCAUGGCCAGAGCGGGAGAGGCCGAUCGACACACGACUGCAUCCCUUCCCAAGCAUUUGUUUGCCGGAAAACGUACUAUCGGCAAGACGCAGCGCCGUUAAGGAAUUCGUUGACUCUGCUGACGAUGAGACGAAGUCCGUUUCUAAUAUUCUAUAUUGGUCUUGGGACCGGGUGUCAAAAAAGGCGUUGGGAGUAGUUGUUCAGUUUUUGGCCGUGUUUGAUGAAGUGUUUUUCAUGGAUUACUCCGUAAAAUACCAAUCGAUUUACAUUACUACCUACAUAGGUAUAGAGCUGUCUUGAAAUAUAUGCAGAUGACUUUGGAAGAGCACAUAUUAUGCAUCGGCUUUUGAAUAUGAGGAAUUAGAUUUGUGUCGUCAUUCUACAUCUUGAAUAGUUGAACUGGUUGGGCGCUUCAUCUAGGUAGGGUUACCUUUACCCCUGCCGCCCUGGAUGCAACUAUCCAACCAACCACCACAAAAGCCACAAACACCAUAGCUACCUAAAUAAUAACCAAUUCAAGGCAAACUCCAAGAAAUACCAAAAAGUAAAAAGUAGGAAGAAAAAAACCAAUUCAUCACCGCUC